AUGGCCAACGUCAAGUCUUUUGCCCUUACUCUCCUUGCGAGUCAAGUGUCUUUGAGCGAUGGCGCUGCGAUUGCUCCGAGAUCAGACGUGCCGCCUGGUUAUGUCGCCGCCUCCUACUACCCGGCGCCGUACGGCGGCUGGACGGCGGACUGGGCAGACAGCUAUGAGAAGGCGAAGGCUCUCGUCGACCAAUUUACACUUGCGGAGAAGACCAAUGUGACGAGUGGAUCAGGGAUAUUUAUGGGCGAUCGCUGCGUUGGAAACACCGGCAGUGCCCUGCGCGUAGGAUUCCCUCAACUCUGUCUCGCGGACUCGGCAACCGGAGUUCGUCAGGCGGACAACGUCACUGUCUUCCCAUCCGGCAUCACGACCGGCGCAACUUGGGACAAGGACCUGAUGUAUGCUCGGGGCGUUGCCAUGGGGAAGGAGUUCCGCGGCAAGGGCGCCAACAUCUACCUCGGGCCAAGCGUGGGACCUCUCGGCCGCAAGCCGAAGGGCGGCCGGAACUGGGAGGGUUUCGGCAGCGAUCCCGUCUUGCAGGGCAAAGCAGGUGCCUUGACUAUCAAGGGCGUCCAGGAACAGGGCGUCAUUGCUACCAUCAAGCAUCUUAUCUCUAAUGAACAGGAGCAAUUUCGCAUGUACAACACACUUCAGCAAGGCUACAGCUCGAAUGUUGAUGAUCGAACUCUGCACGAGUUGUAUCUUUGGCCGUUCGCGGACGGUGUUCGUGAGGGAGUUGGUGCAGUUAUGACGGCUUACAACGCGGUUAACGGCUCUGCCUGCAGCCAGAACAGCUACCUUAUCAAUGGUAUCUUAAAAGACGAACUCGGUUUCCAAGGUCUCGUCAUGAGUGAUUGGUUAUCCCACAUGUCUGGAGUCGAUUCUGCUCUCGCGGGACUUGACUUGAACAUGCCAGGAGAUACCCAAAUUCCCUUGUUCGGAUACAGCUACUGGAUGUACGACCUCACAAGAUCUGUUCUUAACGGCUCCGUUCCCAUGAGUCGUCUCAACGACAUGACCACGAGAAUCGUCGCGACCUGGUACCAACUCGGGCAGGACCAAGGCUUUCCAAAGCUCAACUGGGCCACGGGAACCCGUGACCGCGAGGGACCGCUUUACCCAGCAGCAUGGCCCUUCAGCCCCAGUGGUGUAGUCAAUGAAUUCGUCCAAGUACAGGAUGAUCACUACCUUAUUGCCAGGCAGGUUGCGCAGGAAGCCAUUACUCUGCUCAAGAACGCAGACAGCCUUCUUCCUAUCAAGUCCUCGGCAUCGAUCAAAGUUUUUGGCACGGGCGCUCAGACGAACCCAGACGGCCCCAAUGCCUGCGUCGAUAGAAGCUGCAACAAGGGUCUUCUCGGCAUCGGAUGGGGAUCUGGCACCGUCGACUACGAAUACCUGGACGAUCCUAUAACCGCUUUCAAGAAAAGGGCCAGCAGCGUCACGUACUACAACACAGAUAGCUUCCCCUCGGUCCCGGCUCCGACAGACGAUGAUGUGGCUUUCGUCUUCAUCACCUCUGACUCUGGAGAGAACCAGUACGUUGUCGAAGGCAACAACGGCGACCGCAGUGCGUCCGGACUGAACGCUUGGCACAACGGUAACAAGCUCGUUCAGGACGCCGCCGCCAAGUACAAGAACGUGAUCGUGGUCAUUCACACAGUUGGCCCCAUUCUGGUCGACGAGUGGAUCGACCUCCCCAGCGUCAAGUCCGUCUUGGUGGCCCACUUGCCAGGUCAGGAGGCAGGCGACUCACUAGCAAAUAUAGUCUUCGGCGACGCGUCUCCCUCUGGACAUCUCCCUUAUAGCAUGACCAAGAAGGAGUCCGACUUGCCCGACUCCGUCACUAAGUUUGUCGGUGGUUCCCUCGGCCAGCCUCAAGACACCUACAGCGAGGGCCUCUAUAUCGACUAUCGCUAUUUGAACAAGAACGGAAUCAAGCCGCGGUUCGCCUUUGGUCACGGUCUGAGCUACACGAACUUCUCCUUCUCCGACGCCACCAUCAGCUCCGUGACGCCCCUGAGCGCGUCCCCUCCUGCUCGUCCCGCCAAGGGCGAUGUGCUGGAGUACGACGCUCCCAUCCCCGACUGGACCGAGGGCGUCGCCCCCUCCGGUUUCAACAAGAUCUUCAGAUACAUCUACUCGUGGUGCACCGAGGGCGAGGCAAAGCAGGCCGUCGAGGACGCCAAGACCAAGAAGUACCCCUACCCGCCUGGCUACAGCACCGCGCAGAAGCCCGGUCCCGCCGCCGGCGGUGCGCAGGGCGGCAACCCGGCGCUUUGGGAUGUCGUCUUCACGGUUGCCGUGAAGGUCCAGAACACAGGCACGCAGUAUUCCGGAAAGGCCUCCGCGCAGGCAUACGUUCAGUUCCCUGACGGCGGGCCGGAGACGCCGGUGAUCCAGCUGAGGGACUUUGAGAAAACGAAGAACCUCGCGCCCGGAGAGAGCACGACUGUGCAGUUGGAGGUGACGAGGAGGGAUAUCAGUGUUUGGGAUGUGGUCAGCCAGAACUGGGUUAUCCCGAACACCCAGGGCAGGUAUAAGAUCUGGGUAGGAGACGCGAGUGAUCGGCUGUUCUUGGCCUGCUACACCGACUCUAAGACUUGUGAGCAGGGCCUUAGCAGCCCCGUCUAA